UGUAGGAAGCGAAGCGCCACCAGUGUUCCGCGACCACAACAUCAGUUGAUCAUCGCGUGUCGCGACGGCUGCGUUGUCUAUGUCCACAGACGAGAUAAUUCAACCGCGAAACGCGAGUUCCAUUUUCAAAAACCAUUUUGAAAAUGGCGCAAUUGUUUUAUACAUUAUUUCCUUUUUCUCAUAAAUUGUGAUAAUUAAAAAAGUGUGAUGUGAAGAUGUUGUUAGUCAUAAACAUAUUUUUACCAAAUCCUGAAUUUUUGAACCGAGUAUAGUGAACACUAUUGAAUGUCUCAAAGGAAUGAGUUGACAUUUUCUAGAGAUUCACGGCUUGUUGUAAAAAUAGCAUAGAGUGUUCAGAGAGUCAGACAUCAAUUUCUUAUAAUUAAACUGUAUGUAAAUAUAGAUUUGAACGAACAGUCGGACUGACAGAACGAAUGAUUCGUUCGAAGCAGAAGAGCACUUGAGUAAACAAAAACAUGUUUUUAUUAUUUUUUAUAGAUAUUUAAUCCGUAAUUAAAUAUUCCUACAAGAAAGUGUUUAAAAACGGUGGUAAAGUACGGCUAACGGAAGCUCGUAGUUUAUUUUUCAAAGCUACAAAAUCAUAAAUUAAGUAAUAAAAUGCCUUGGCCGACUCCAAAACGAUGUUGCGGUUGCCUGUCUGUGGAGACUAAAUUCUAUGUGUCGUGUACUAUAUCUAUUCUACUAUGCGUGGCGAACAUCACAGCUGGCGCGUGGAACCUGCCUAGGAACAAACAGCGGGAGCCCGAAGACAACCUGAUUUCCAUGAGCAUGGUCAUGUUCUCCACCUUGUCCACCAUCGGCAAUCUGGUGGCCUGUGGAGGAGCCUGGUUUAGGCGUCCAGGCUACCUCCAACUGUCCUUAGUGUUCAACUCUGUGUUCAUCGUGUGCCUAUAUCUCAUCGCUAUCGUGACUUGCCUAUUCAGCCCAGAGCUGCAAAGUAGUGGCUUCCUGGACCAACCAGAAAACAUAGCACUAGUUGUCAUUGCCUUCUUCGCUGGUCUUGCCUACACCACCUACUACCUCAUAGCUGUCAACAAUAUGUACAGAUACAUCCGAUCAGGCGGCGCGAGCCCUAUACCAAUAUGAAACUAUUUCGGAAAGUGGUGCAAUGCAAUACAUUGCGGAGACACUGGUUGGGUUAUUUAAAUACCGUCUAUAGAAAAGACGAAAUGUAUGUGUAAUAUUUUACUCACCUUGUCAGACUUCCAUCAGUUUGCUUUGCCGAUGACAAUAAGUACCUAAAUGGUGGAAUUUAAAUAAAAGGCUUGUAUUUUUAUGUAACAAAGAUGUAUAAACAUGAAGUCGUGGGAAAAGUGGCCAGAUAUGUUGUUUAAUAUUUUAUUUAAUGACUUUAAAUGUGAUUUUAUUCUAAGAAUGUGGAGAACGUGGCAAGUGUGAAAAAAUUGCCUCUUUCUACCCAUUAAGGUAAGAGGCGUGGGUUUAUUUAUGUUUGUGCUUUACAUUAUGUCAUACUACAUUUGUUUUGUAUCUAAUGAUGAAAAUAAUUCACACCAAAUUUUUCGACAAAAACAACAUUGGUUCUCUAGUACCGAAAAUUCAUUUGUAGGUAGGUACCUACAUCUUUCGGGAAAGAUGAUAGAUAUGGAAAAAUAAAAGGAAUAGAAUUAAACAUUUUCAUUUUAUUUUCAAAUACCAGAUGCGUUUAACAAAGCGUUGUACAACGAUCACAAACAUCAAAAAUUCUAUAAAAUUAAAUUCAAUCACAAUUGUAAAUAAUUGUUACAACAUUUAAAGCAUUUAAUUGAUCGAUAGUUUUACAGACAUCAAGAAUAAAGGCCUAUUUAUAUCUAAAAUGUUGCUCGAAUUAUAAUGGUACACUUGGAAAAUAUAAAGAUAUCAAAAAUAAUUGUGUUAUUAUUAUUUCCUAUUCUUUUUAAUUAAAUAGUAGGUACUUAAUUUUAAUAUAAUAAUAUAUUUUGUUUAUAGCAAAUUUUGUAUUUGCGCAAGGGAAACUAGUCUCAACUAAAUUAAUAAGAAGAAUUAUUUUUGUUGUAAACUUUUACAAGGAUUUAACAAACCAAAAUAUGAUGUGAAUCGGUUAUUUGUUUUAGAAAUACUAUGGUAUUUUUUAUAUUUCAUUUUAUCUUUAAGUGUUCUCUCUUUCCAGUUCUGGUAGUAGUCUGUAUAUUUUUCUAUACCUGCUUAUAUUUCCAACUGCCUUGUGAUUCACGUAUGACCGCCUCCGUCCGUCGAAGUUAUUGCUCAACCAAGCUCAUCAUACCGUUAUCAAUAGUCUUGGCCACAAUAAUCAACCGCCAAUUCCAAUAUUAUUCAUUUCAUUCACCUUAAUUUGUAUCUAAUUUAUUAAUAAGAUCAGAAGCAGCUCGGCUCGAGAUGUUUUACUUGUACCGAGGAAAAUAAACGAAAAAAUUGAUAGUGCU